UGUCUCAGUUUUGCCUGCUGUCUCGACGACAGCGUCACUGAAUAGCAGCUGUGUUUAAUCAGGUCAUGUGAUCAGUGUUAAAAAGCCCGAGGUUUGUCAAACAGUGGGAGGAUUGAGCUGGAACUGGAGUCGCAGCAACUGAGAGUCCGACAUGGAUUAACUGAAACCGCGCAGAGCAGCAGGACCAUGGCAGGGGGAGUCGUGGCCGAAGUCGCGGCCUCUGUCUUCGGCCUCAUCACGGCUGUCAUGAAUUUCUUCACGAACAUGUUUCUGACUCCGCCGCUGAGCGCCACCAUCAAACAUUUGGAGGAAGCAGAGCUGAAAACUUUGACAGGAGAACCGAAAACCAUCAGAGCCAAAUCUCUGUGGGAGACGUCUGGAGCUGUCAUCAUGGCAGUACGGAGGCCUGGAUGAUUUUUGUGCAGAGAGGAGGCUGCAGAGCUGUCCUCUCUGAAACCCCAGCUGGAUGAGCUCGGGGUCCCUCUGUACGCUGUGGUGAAGGAGGACAUCGGCACCGAGGUCCAGAACUUCAGACCGUACUUGAAAGGGGAGAUUUUCUUGGAUGAGAAGAAGCGCUUUUAUGGACCUCUUGAGCGGAAGAUGGGUCUGCUGGCGUUCCUUCGUCCUGGGGUGUGGUUGAGUGGCCUGAGGGCGUUUAAUAAGGGCUUCAUGGGAAAUAUUAUGGGAGAGGGCUUUGUCCUCGGUGGGGUCUUCGUCAUUGGAAGAGAAGAGCAGGGAAUACUUCUGGAGCACAGAGAAAUCGAGUUUGGGGAUAAAGUAAACAUUGAAGAAGUCCUCCGAGCUGCAAGGAGAAUCCCACAGGAGCUUCUGUCACUAGAAAAAUAAUGCUUUAUGUUGUGCUGUCCUUCUCUAUGAAGCCAGGAUGCAUUUUGUGGUAUGAUUGUUUAAUUAAGAGGAUCCGAGUGUAUUAAUGAUGGUUUGUCUUUAAACUCCAUUAGAGGAAGCAGACCUGAUAUCGAACACUCUAUUUCCUCAUAUUGCUCUCAUACCACGAUGCUAUUUUGGGUGCCAAGAGAUGGUGACUUUGCAAAUAAACUCUCAAAUGAAAA